UCUCGCUUCCCCCCGUUUGUAGACCACCCGUUCCACCUCUGUUUCCCGGAUCCCGUCGCCACCGGCCAACGAGAACGAACCAAAUGGCGCAGAGCGGCCCCCUUGGCAAGAUCAAGUGCAUGCUCAAGCGAUGGCCCUCCCUCGGCCGCCUCGCUCCCGGCGGUGGCGACGGUAGCGCCGCCCCCUCCGCCGCCUUGGAGGGCGGCGAGUGGCGGCCGUCCUCAUUCCACGGGGACAGGUCCCCACUCGGCCUCCACCCGGUCUACGUUGGCAAAUCACGGCGGCGAUACCUAAUCAGUUCCAACAUCGCCGGCCACCCUCUCUUCCAGCUGCUCGUCCAGCGAUCAGGUGGGUCCGAAGAAGGUGGCGCCGCCACCUUUGUCGAGUGCGAGGUGGUGCUCUUCGAGCACCUUAUCUGGAUGCUCGAGAACGCUGACCCCCAGCCUGAGUCCUUCGACGAGCUUGCCGAGUUUUACGCUUGCUAGAUACCAAGCAUUGCUCACCGGCGGAGCACCGGAUCGCCAUGUACAUGCAUGCAUGCAUAUUGUAAUUUUUUGUGCAAUUAUUGGAGAGGCGGUACUGCACGGCAUUCGUUGGGUGUGAAAAGAAAUGAUGAGGCCUCCUUGGUUUGUCAAAAAACGUAUAUCACUCAAGAACAUUGUGUAAUUUGUUAUAUUGAGAAGGAUGUUGUUUCCGUGUUCCCACAUGUUUGAUUAUCCUCUGGUAUCAGAGUGUUCUGAAAGGAUAAGCUUGUAUGUAUGUAUGUAUGUAUGUAUGUAUGUAUAUUUGUUUA